ACCUGGAGAAGCGCAAGAACCCUGUGUGCCACUUUGUGACCCCUCUGGACGGCUCCGUGGAUGUCGAUGAGCACCGGCGGCCAGAGAAAACCAGUGAGGCCCUUGAUGUGGCAAUAUGUGGCUCUCUCUAUACUGCAUAACUCUAGAAUAAUUUAUAACUCAAAGGAGUUCCAGAUGAGUUUGUGGAACUGUCUCAGGUUUUUGAAAGAACAGUGUUGAUGUUUGUGUUGAAAGUGACCCUCGAAAACAAAGCCAUUGCAACAGAAGGGAAGUACUGGAAACGAAGAAUUGAAAUAGUCAUUAGGGAAUACCACAAGUGGAGAACAUACUUCAAGAAAAGGUUACAGAAACACAAAGAUGAAGAUCUUUCAAGUUUGGUCAGGGAUGAUGAUGUGGUUCUCUGGCAAAAAAGAAGGUAUGGCAGAGAAACCCCUGUCCCCAUGGAGGAAGGCAGCCUCUUGGAUGCAGACAUGCUCAUGUCUGAGUUCACGGACACCCUGUUCUCCACACUCUCUUCACAUCAGCUGGUUUCCUGGCCAAAUUCCAGGGACAUAGGACACUUAGGAAAUGCUGACAUGAUUCAACCAGGGCUUAUUCCUCUCCAGCCAAAUUUUGAUUUUAUGGAUACUUUUGAGCCUUUUCAGGAAUUAUUCACGCCCAGUCGCUCAAGUAAUUAUUUCCCUUCUGUGUCUGCUGUCAGCUCAGCUACCACAGACAGCAGCAGCCACUCCUCCCAGUCUCCUGUCCUGCCGUCGGGUUCGUUGCCCACCACGCUUCCAGCAGGGAACAUCAGUGACGGACUGAUUCCUUCCUCAGUACCUGCUCCUGUCAUUCCUGACGUUGUUGCUGACCAGUGUUCCAGCAUUAGAAGCGGUGGAUCUUUCAUCCAGCCAGCAGAUUUCCCUCCUGACUCGUCUCUCAGUGGGCCACAAACUUUUAUGUCAGUGUUCCAGGCGCCCCUGCCAUUGCUGCAGCCCACGAGCCCACAGCAGCAGUCCCCGCUGCCCGCGGUGCCGCUGAGCUCCAGCCUGAGCCCCGCGCCCGCCGCCUUCGCUGCUCCAGAAACCCCCAAGUUUGGGCUCUGUGAAUCCUCGGUCACCACUCACACGGCUUCUGCCACGCUCACCCACAACGCCCCUGCCACCACCUUCAGCCAGAGCCAGAGCCAGAGCCUGGUCCUGGCCACGCAGCAGCCGGGGGCAGGAGUGCCUUGUAACCUGGCCUUCCAGACUGCUGUUGUGCAGGGGCAGCCCCGGCCCCAGCUGCAGUCCCAGCUGACAUUUGCACUCCCCAAACCUGUUCCUCUGGCCAGUGCUGGGACAAGGCCCAAACAGUCACAAAAAACAGUGCCUGCUCCGAAGCUUGAAACAGUGUCCUUAUUGGUAAAGAAUGCCUUCAUCACCCCAGCUGCCUUUCAGGGACAGUCCAGAGCUGUGAUUGUAACUCCAGCACCUUUAAAAAGAGAGGGGAUUUUGACGCCAGCCACGUCUCAGUCUAAUGUUGCAAUUGCACCAGCUGGAAUUGUCAGAGCUCCCGGGGUGACGGAGUUCCGUAGUAACAUUCUGGUUGGUCCAGCACAGCGAGCACCAAGUAGUCAACAAAGCCAGUCCACAGUCUCACAUCUCUUCCCUCCUAGUGUAGUCCAGGAUGUGUUGGUGAAAGGAGAGCACAUCCCUUCCCACUGUAGCAGUUCACAAGUUCCCUCACCUACACCUAGCCGGGAUUGUCAGAAUUCAGGCCAGGCUUCCCCCUGUGCCUCUGAGCAGAGCCCCAGUCCGCAGUCUCCUCAGAACAGCUGCUCAGGAAAACCUGCCACUGACCCUACCAUGGCUGCAUUUAAGAAUCGAAGGAUGAAACAUCUUUCAGAACAAAAACGAAGGUCUAAUAUCAAGAUUGGUUUCAGUGCUCUGAACAGCUUGGUAUCAGCCAACUCCAAAUUGAUCAGCCACGCCAUCACGCUCCAGAAGACAGUGGAGUACAUCGCCAAGCUGCAGCAGGAGAGGGCACAGAUGCAGGAGGAAACCAGGCGCCUCCGGGAGGAAAUCGAGGAGCUGAACGCCACCAUCCUUUCUUGCCAGCAGCAGCUCCCUGCUACCGGGGUUCCUGUAACGCGGCAGAGGUUUGACCACAUGAGGAAAUUGUUUGAUGAGUACGUGAGAAGCAGGACCCUGCAGAACUGGAAGUUUUGGAUUUUCAGCAUUAUUAUUAAGCCAUUGUUUGAGUCCUUCAAUGGGAUGGUUUCCACAACAAGCUUUAAGGAUCUGAACGAAACUGCACUGGCCUGGUUGGAUCAGCACUGUUCUCUUCCUGUUCUGAGGCCAAUGGUGCUGAACACUCUGCGGCACCUGAGCAGGAGCACCUCGAUCCUGUCGGACCCAUCGCGGCUGCCGGAGCAGGCACAGGAGGCUGUGGUGAAGAUGAACAAGAGAGCUGGGGAGACCUAACAACCAAAGACACUGAGGUGCUUGUCCCAGGGGUGGAGAACCCGCCAGGCCCUGCCUGCCCAGGUUCCUCCAGUCAGUGCACUUUAGAAAGGGUUCUCUCCAUCUCUCCAUCACCAAGACAUUGUUCAGGGCACCUGGCCCUGCCUGGUGAAGAGGUGCAGGUGGUGCGGCGUUGUCAGAACGUUUGGGUUCCUCUCCAGUGCUGUGCUGUGCUCUGUCACGUGAGAAAAAACACCAAGCUCAGGUAAACUCAGCAGGUUUGAGCCCUGCAGGCAGCAAUAGAUCUCCAUCAAUGCAUCUUUAUGCAACUAAUGAAACACCCUCAGUUCUCUGAAGUGUAAAUCCUGUACAUCAAGGAAUGUGCUCUUCAAGGGGAAAAAAUACUUCUGAUUUCACAAAGCAAAAUGUGCUUUUUAUUUUGUUUUCUGGUAUUCAGUUCCAUGUGUUUUACUUGAAUAGUGAAAAUUGUUAAACAGGAUCAUAUGAAAAACCAAAGGAGAAGAAAAAUCUGUCAGUGAUGUCAACUCAUGGCAAAAAUACUAGAAUUAAAAUCUCAGGCUGUGUUUUGUGUAUUUUUAUUUUAAUGAGUGUAUCAUUGCAUUUGAUCAGUUUCAAGACGUGCUUUAUUUUCUAGUAAAUAAAGUAGCUGAUUUUUAUUUUUUUUAUAUAGCCAUUGCAAGGGAGUAGCUGGCUGUGCAGUAAGUGCAAGAAAGCAGUUUGAGAUUGUAUAAUUUCUGCAAUUAGGAUAAAUACAUCAAUUUUAUGUCGGUUUAAUCAUUGAACUAUUUUCUUGCACUCUGCACAGUUCAGCUGCCAUACUCACAAAAUGUGCACAUAGAAAACACAUCCAUAGGUAAAUGUAGUAGCACUUCAGAAACAAGAAUUGAGUUUGUAAUGUUAAAAAUUUGGCUUUUUUAUUAUCUCAGAAGCUAUAUCAAACCACACAGACUUGCAGUCAAUUCUUUGCAUCUUUGUCUUUUUUUGCUUCUUCUUUUUGCUUUCUGUCUGAAAAACCUGAAGAACUUUGCUAGUUCCUUCUGUGAGAGCAGCACUGUAGCAAGGACAAGGCACAAAAGGUGAGCCUCUCCCUUCAUGGAGGGACUGAGGGCUGAAGGGGAAGGCUCAAUGGCCCAUUUUGUACCAAUACAGCUUCCUGUAGCUGUACAGGCAGAGGGGGAAAUGCUUUUCUGGUUUUUUUUUGUUUCUUUUUUUUUAAAGUAGAUUUGACAUAAAAUUUGAAGUUCGUGGCAGGUAUGAAAACAUGUGUCCCUGUGACAGAAGCAACAAAAUUGCAAGUCUCAGCCAAGGAAUGGUGUGCACAGGUUUUCUUAUUAAUUAAAUAGUGAUUAGAUUUUCUGGAGGGAUCCAUUCCUAGCUCUUUUAUAAUGUUGUAAUCAGUUAAGCAAUAAUCUUUUGGAUACAUCUGGAUAAGAAAUGUUGAAUACGUAAAUCCUUUUUUGAAUCAGUGCUUUCAAUCCUCCCAUUUCUAUCACUAGCUGUGAAUUUGACUCCAGUAAAAUCACUUUACGCUGUGAUGAGCUGGAGAUGUCCCUUAUGUCCUUUUCUUGGUGGGCUGAUCUCACUCUUUGUGUGUUAAAAACAUGUCUGGGUUUGUAGCAAGAAAGCAGCAGGCAUGCUGUCCAAGAGCUGAUGUUUUUGCUGACCUUUUCAGAUGAGCAGAUCCUGUGAUGCUUCCCCUGCAGUGUGGUCUCCUGCUUGUCAGCAGUGAUGGUGUGUGAUUUUUACCAUUUCUGGUAUCGAUGAUGUGGGAGUUUUGUCUCAACAAGCACAGUGCAGUACAGUCAUCCUUCAGGGCCCAGGGAGAUCUGAGAACUGAAAUCCCAGCAUCCCGUAUCUCACUGAAUGGAUUGGAAACUGAAAGCAACCUUAAAGGAACAGGGAGGGGUAAUUUACCUGAACUGCCAAAAACUUUGUCCAUUCACAGUUUUGAUGGAAAACUCAUCCAUCAGGUUGCACUGUGAGCUGGUUACAGUUGGAGGGAAUGUGCUUGUUUAACAAAUUGUGGUGCAGAAACAAACUCAAAGCACUAUUAAGAAACUGCAAAUCGUAAAGAGGAAAAAAAAUAAAUAUUGCUUACUUAGGCAAAGAGUGUAGGAGGAAGGAAAGGAAAAGUGAAAAGAUACUUUCCACUAGUGCAAUUACCAGAAAUGAUGUGGCUGCUCUCUGAAGCAGUGAUUCAAUAUAUUCUUGUCACCCUGUUAUUGCAGAUCAGAAUUCUUUUAUCAGUCAGCCUUGUGAGGAGAGUGAUUUCACUUCAUUUGGAAACACAGGAGGAAAAAAGCUGGUUUAUGUCUCACAUCUGAACAGUAUAACCACUAAAGAUUGGUAUGGAAAGAGAUGGACCACGUAUGUAUUAGUUCCUGCAUAGUUUUCUACUUUAAUUUAUGUUUAAAUACCUUAGUCUGUAUUUCUUACCCAUGGAGGAGUUUAAAUACUUUAUUUUUUUCAAAGUUUGGUAACACUUUCUUCUAUAAUUUAAGCACUCUGAUUUCCUCAGUGUCACCAAAGUAAGCAAGCCAAACACACAGUGCCUAUAGUCUGCACAGAAUUGCAGGUGCUGCACAUCUGCCUGGUGCUAAACUUCUGGAGAAUCCCCAUAUAACUGAAUACAAAUCGUAUUCUGUCAAAUCCACCAUACUUCACUCCGUAAAGGAGUAGCUAAAUAACUUAUUUAUGGCCUGUGAUAUGCACAAAGUCAAACUGGGAUUGUCAGCUGGUUCCUUCUGACCUCAAAUUGUAUUAGCUGGUAUAUUGUAGAUGGCCCCAAACAUAAGUUCUGGAGAAUUUGGGCAUUUUCUGGUGUAGUUAUUAGUUUGUAUUUUAGUUACUGGCCUCCUUUUAGCAGGAGGAGCAAGGGGUGAAGGUCCAGGAGCAAACUGGAAUUGAAGGAAUUACUGAGGAGUAGGAUCAGAGACAAGCGCACACUUCACCAUGACAGUCUGAUCUCUGCACAAAACCAAAGGAUUCUUGGUUAAUACCAUUUGACCUGACUGGAAUGUUCUUCCAUGCUUUCCUAGACCUCUGGGGAAGGCUUCCUUGAAGGGGGUUGCUACUAGAAUGUUUCCAUCUGUGCCUUAGAUCUUGGUGUCAUGUAUGCAUUUGAUAAAUCAUAAGUCACCCAUUGUUCCCCUUAAAAUGAUGCUCUGUGGAAAAUUCAACGAAUGGAGGAAGUGGGGCUUCCCAGGCUUUUUAGAGGAUUUUAUCUGUGUGGCAUUACAUCUGUGUGGACCCUUUCACACUGAGGUUGUGAGUAACUGUGUCUUAUGUUUGGAAAAAAUUGUGUCUUUCCUGCUGAAUCCAGCCCUCUCCACUGCCAUGUGCCGGAACAUGUGUGCACACAUGGAUGUAACCUCUGCUCUGACAAACCCAGGAAACAGGCAAGGGCUUAACCCUCUAAAUCUGAAACGGCUUGAAAAGACAAAGGGCUGUCAAAUCUGUUGAAAAACUGAAUCCCUUUGUAUCUUCAGGUUUUUUUACAUUCCCGUGUGUGUUUGUGUUCACAUGUGGUAGAAGGGACAGGGACAGGUAAAUUUAGUUUUGUUUGCUUUUAAAGCCCAGAACUCCAGAAAAGCAGUUUGAGAACCGGAGAGGGAAGCUCACUGCAGAAAUGUUCAGUAAGAUAAUGCUUAUUUGAAGGCUGUUUCACUUUCUUAAUUUCUGAAGUGGGUAACUCUUGCCUUGAUGUUGCCAGCUAGAAGGUACUGCUGAAAGUUGAGUGUGUUUUCUCCUUUUUCUAUUUUUUGGUUCCUUUCCACCUUUAUUGCAUGGAAAACCACCAGAAAUCAAAAGGCUGAUGACAUCAAGUUCAGGUUCUUUAGGGAUUCAGUCACAUCAGUCUGGAGGACUAUGGAGAAUUGUUGAUAAAUUUUAGGAGUUGUUUGAAUUAGGUGAGACAUUGGGAGUUUUUCUAUUACUCCUCAGUUUAUACACUUGAGUUUCAGAGGAGAUGAUUUGUUUUGGGUUUUUUCUUUUAUAGGACCCCAGUAUUUUCCCGCAAUAUUGGUUAAAGCUCUUGUUUUCUUUGGUUUCAUUCUUGGUUGGAUUUUCUGCUCAUUUACUGUGUUAGAGCAGAAGUGGUAGAACCAAACUGUAGCUUCAUCUGUAAAACUUCAGUUACAAUGAAACACACCUUAGGUAUAUAACGGAAUUAAUUUCUAGCCAUUGUCCAAACUUUUUAUAUCUGAACUUUUCCAACAUGAAUAGGGUUUUCAAUCAAAAUAUAUCAAUGUUACGAGCAAUCCUUUUAACAAUACAGUGAAUAAAUAGAUCGUUUUCUUCUUCUAA